CAUCUGUGCCUGAACAAGCUAAAUGAACGUAUGAUUUGUAAACGUCAUGUAGAGCCUAUGACGUAAUAUACCGGGGAGAUUUUACCUUGACUCAUUUCAUCACUAUUUAUGCAUCAAUUGAUGUUCCAAAGGGAAAAUGGCAGACUCAGACAGCCAACUACCUGCCUCUGGCCAACAUCCCUGCCACCAUCAAAUCAGCGUUAGAGGAACUCAACACCAUGGGACUCGAGAACACUACCACUUUCCAUUUUGACCCUGUGGCCAAUCCGGGUCUGACUCACGCCGCUACCAUUACCAAGGCGAGCUCGCAGGAACUGGAAGGGCUACUGGAGGAGAAUUUCAACAUCAACCACAUAUUCACAAGCACCGAAGAUGAGAGAGGAAUGUACUUCCACAACCACAUCGCCCAUCAUCUCGUGACGAUAUGGGCCCUAGGCGCCAAGCCAGCGACUUUGCGUUCUCAGUACGAACGAAACGCCACAUAUCAGCGUGCGCCUGUUGAAAUGCAACAAACUAUGGUCACAGAUCUAGUCGACCCAAUAGUUUUCAAACGAUGCUUGGGCCACGAACUCAAUUUUGCGAGCUUUACUCGCUUCUUCAUCAAUGAGAUUGACAAGCUUGGAUACCAGAAAGUGUUACACAAAUAUCUCGUGGACGGGACAGAGAUCUCAAAUGACGUGCUGUGUCGAAUCUACAUGGGGUACGUGCAUGGUAUCAUCCACAUCAACCUGGCACUCGAAUUCCGUCAAGCCAAGAUGUUAGCCGAAGGCUUAGCACAAGCUUGUGUGCAUCACGACUGGUGGUACACGGAGUAUCUCACUGAAGCCGAGACUCUCGCCGCGAAAAGGGAGCAGCCAAGCCUGCCACUGUCGGAUCUCAUCGACAUGUGUCGUGCGGAUGACGCCGUUCGUACUUCAUCCAGCCCAUCCUACCACAGUCAAACGAGGCCCGUAAGUGGCCAGUUCGCUAUGGACAUGGAGCCGGCAAGGGACGGAGUACUGAAGAAUGCAAAACCGGAAUUACUGAAAAUAGCCGCGCGGUUUCGAGUCGAUCCCAACGACAUCGAACGUGCUUGUGCCGAAGUCCAAAAUACAGCGGUCUAUCUCACUGCGGGCGCUCAGCGACCCCCAUAUAUCUGCCUCUUCGACUUCAGCCUGCUCCAUACUGUGACCUCUAGCAUUGGCCUCUCAGUCUUCCUCUCCGAACCAUCUCUUUUAAAUGAGCAGAAAGCACGCCUCCUAGAAUACACAGGCAGAAUCUACCUUCUAACCUACGCCUGUCACGGCAGCCCCGAGAUCCGCCUCGACUGGCUCGCAUCCCACCCUUCGAAGUUGAAGAAUCAGGGCUGGCCAGAGGUCUUUGAGCGAGCCGCCUACCAUGAAGAUGACGGCCACAUGUCGAAGCUCAUUCGCGGCAUAGCGCACGCGCAGAAAACGUCCAAGCCCUACGACCAUUUGCCCGAAUUUCGUAUCAAGCAGUCGCUUUUUCUGACCGCGGCUAUUGCGGCGAUUGACUCGGGGAGUGAUAGGCCGAUGGAUGUCGUAACGCAUUUCGAUUUCAUUCGUGGGGCCGGGUUUCCGGAGCCGUGGGAGAGGUUUCCGUAUCGUAAGUCUGUUCGUGCGCACCUUUAGAUGUGGAGGAGUGUUGGGUGUCGAGCGACUCAUUGUUGCGACUGCUGUCGAUGCAAUUGUCGAUCGGAUUGGUAGAUGGAAGUCCUUUAUAGAAUUGAGCUAUAUCUAUGUUAGUUUUAGGGUGCGAUGAGGCGCCUUGGUUAAGUAUGGG